ACAAUAUGGUGUUGUCAAUAGCGCACAUCCACAGCCCUGCUACUGCCACUGAGCUACCAUGUCCCCGCCCCUGUGCCAUACACAAUGAUAUUUACUCUAAUCGCGGUGACGACUGCACUCAAGACUGGCCUCACUAUCAUUGGUACAGGUUUAUGGCUGAUACCACUGUUGCUGGCCGGGCUAGCCUACUAUCGCUACGACAGCUUCGACCCCGAGUCUCGCCCCUUGAACCAGCGCCAGCUGCACCGAGAGUACGACUUCAUCGUAGUGGGAGGCGGAUCCGCGGGUGCCGUGGUGGCCAGCCGCCUCUCGGAGAUCGGUCACUGGUCAGUGCUGCUGCUCGAGGCCGGGCCCGACGAGAACGAGAUCUCUGACGUGCCGUCCCUGGCCGCCUACCUUCAACUCUCAGGGCUCGAUUGGCAGUACAAGACUGAGCCUACUGGUCGAGCAUGUUUGGGGAUGAAAGGAGGUCGCUGCAACUGGCCAAGGGGUAAGGUCCUGGGGGGCUCUAGUGUGCUCAACUACAUGCUUUACGUUCGAGGCAACCGGCAGGACUAUGACAGCUGGGAAGCCCAGGGUAACCCUGGCUGGGGGUACAAUCAGGUACUCCAUUACUUCAAGAAGUCAGAGGACAACAGAAACCCGUAUCUGAGCCGCAGCCCGUACCACAGCCGCGGAGGAUAUCUCACUGUCCAGGAGGCACCCUGGAGGACACCACUAGUACUGGCAUUCGUGCAGUCGGGCGAGGAGCUGGGCUACCACAAUCGUGACAUCAACGGCGAGAUCCAGGCGGGCUUCAUGGUCGCUCAGGGUACGAUCCGGCGAGGCAGCCGGUGCAGUACUGCCAAGGCGUUCCUGAGGCCGGCGAGACGGAGGCCGAACCUGCACAUCGCCAUGAACGCCCACGUCACUCGUAUCCUCAUCAACCCGAAGAACAGGAAGGCGUACGGCGUGCAGUUUUACAGGGACGGUAUGCUGCAGAUGGCUAUGGCCAGGAGAGAGGUUGUGAUCUCGGCCGGGACCAUCAACACAGCGCAGAUCCUCAUGCUGUCGGGCGUGGGACCUCGAGCCCACCUACAGCAGCUGGGUAUUCCUGUCAUACAUGAUCUCAAGGUCGGUUACAACCUCCAGGACCACGCAGGGUUUGCUGGCCUCACGUUCAUCGUGGACAAGCCCGUCGCCAUCGUCCAGAACAGGCUUCAGGCGGUGCCAGUCACCAUGGAGUACGUUAUCCGAGAGCGUGGCCCCAUGACCACCCUGGGCGGAGUAGAGGGUCUGGCUUUCGUUAACACCCGUUACGCCAACAGAUCUGGUCUCUACCCGGACAUCCAGUUUCACAUGGCUCCUGCCUCCAUCAACUCGGAUGCGGGGGCCAGAGUCAAGGAUAUCUUGGGCAUCACCGAUAAGAUUUUCAACGUUGUCUACAGACCUCUGUCAACCACGGACACUUGGACCAUCCUGCCGUUGCUGCUGCGCCCCAGGUCUCGCGGAUGGGUCCGACUCAGGUCCAGAAACCCUUUCCACUAUCCCGUUAUCAACGCCAAUUACUUCGAUGAUCCAGCUGACAUCGCCACUCUGGUAGAGGGUGUGAAAAUCGCCCUAAGGGUGAGCAAGGGGUCAGCGUUCCGGCAGUUCAACUCACGUCUGCACCGAAUUCCUUUGCCGGGCUGCAAGAAACACCUCUUCGGCACCGACGGAUAUUGGGAAUGUGCCAUCCGGCACCUGACGAUGACUAUAUACCACCCGGUGGGCACCUGCAAGAUGGGUCCAGCCGGAGAUCCUGACGCUGUCGUAGAUCCCAGGCUCAAAGUGCACGGUAUCACCAACCUGCGCGUCAUAGACGCAUCCAUAAUGCCGAACAUUGUAAGCGGAAACACCAACGCGCCCACUAUCAUGAUAGCUGAAAAAGGCUCGGAUCUUAUCAAGGAAGACUGGUUGAGUGGUCGUCGUUGGGAUUAUGAAAAGAUGAGAUGAUGUUUUAAAGACUAACCUUAAAGUCCGGGGUGCGCAAAAGGCUCUUAAGGUUUAAAUGUAUGACAAUAAGCCACCCCAUAGAGGUAGAACCUGAAAGUUCUGGUAAAAGCCUCCACCGUCGAGUUUAAAAAUCUUUUUGAAAUAUCAACGACUUUAAGAUCAUGGUCUCAGAAAAUGCUUAAGGAAUAUUUGACUCCAGAGAAAAUCUAGUAGAUGUUUCACUUCCAAGGAUGCAUUUUUUUCGUAUGGCGAAAUAUACAAAUCGUAUGUUUGCAGUUUAUCGUUUGUGGAUGUUUGAUUUUAAAUCCUAAAAUUUUCUUUGGAUGAACCUUUUUAAAAAAAUGAACGGUUUAGCUCCAUUUCAUGAUCACGAAAAAUUACUGAAAUAUGACCAUAGUUUUGAUGAGUACGAGCAUUCUCUUUAUGUGUUUCAAAGGUAAUGCGUAGUUUCGUAGAUUACGUCUUCAACAAGCGCUUGACAACCUUAAGUCUUAAUUAGUUAUAAGUGACUAAACAGUUCUAUAACUGAACAAUCAUGCCGAAGGACAAGUUAGGAGUGAAAUAUGUAGGACAAGUUCAUGUUAGGAAACGAAUUUAAGUAUGUACGUAAAAACAUUCAUGCAACUAAGGUCCUUCAUAUAUUAAUUGCAGGUGCAGGCAAGAAAUCUUUCUAAAGUUGUCCCUAUUCGCUCCGAAGGUUUUACAGAAAUAUAUUCAUUAUACAUAUUGGACACUAUGAAUGGUUAGUGAACGGUAUAUAAACUGUGACUAUAUCAAUACACGUCGGUCCUACAGGGAGAACUUAACUCUUAUUGCUUUAUCAGUGACCGAGUUCCACCCUCUCUCUUAACAAACAAUGACAUACAUAUAUUUAAAGAUAAUGUAAUUGCUAUAUUAUAUUUGUAGGUUUUUUACCACUGUUACCUGAUCUACCUCUUAUAUGGUUAUUUUAAAUAUGUUAGUUUGUAUUACUGUAGGAAAAUAAACUGAUAUUCUGUGUCAUAGGUCAAGGUAUGAGGGAUAUUUUAAACUGAUAAUUUGAAACUGAAUAUCAGAUCGUCAAUGCUGUAUACAAUUAAUUUAACUGAGAUUCAUAAAAUAUAGAAGUAUUUAUUAAAGACUUAAAGAAUACAAUAUAUGAAAGACAAGGCGGGCUAUUGUACCGAUAUGUGUGCAAACUAUUUACAGGAUAGGGAAAACAUAAAAACAUUCGUGUAGUUUGUCUGGUAAAUUAACCCAUUAUUUGUUUUUACACCAAUCGCACUAAAUCCACCAGGGCAGUAUAUAAAAUUGCUUUAUAUUUGACAACAUAAUGUAUCAAACUUCCUAUGAUUUCGACGUAUUCAAUUUAAUUUAAUGCGUCAGAGGUGGUGCAAUCGAUCUUUGGUUGGAAAACAUGUGUUUAUGUUUUAUCUAUAACCCAUAAAAAUAAAUUCCCUGAAGACAGGUUAAGGAGAAAUAAAGUUUAUCACUCCACGAGAAAUUGCAUUCGUGUAAAGUUGGUACUUCUAAAUUGUAAUCACGUCAAAAAAACGGCUGAAGAUAAAAAUGUGAACGUUUUACAACAUGCACAUGAGUUAUAGCUACAAGUAUUCGCAUGUUUUUAUUUUUGUGACAUAACGCAAUCACAAUUUCAAUUAAAUACAAUUUAAUAAAUUUACAUGUUUUCAAAGUUUGUCUUACGGAAGUUAUAUUUUUAUAGAUAAAACACGGUACUUCCUCUAGUUAUCUUUCAAAGACACACAGUAAAAACUUCAUAUCCUUAUAUUCAACCAUUUUUCUCCACAAUGUUCUAAUUCAAAUGCCUACCACUCCUUUUAAAAUGAUCAAAUAUUCUUUUCCAAUCUAUAAAAAUAGUACCUUAAAGAAUGGUGACAAAUAUGUACAGGUAUCUUAAAAUAAAAGAAAAUAACAUCCAUGAUAUUCAUCUUAGGAUGCGUUUGUUCAAAAAAAUUACUAAAUAUAUAGUGGUUUUGUACGGAAAUGAAAUGCACACACUUUGAGCAGAUCUCAAAUUUAACUUCAUAGGAUAGGUCCACUUGAUUGUCCUAGAAACUGCUGGCUGUUGUUUUGGUUUCUGGCUAUAAGUGUCAACAUUGAUUUCUAGAAUUAAAUAAUCGGGUAAAGAAUAUGUAGAUAAGUUUUAUUAUGUAUAUAUAUUCAUGUACAAUUAACUUGUUAUGUAUAUAACACAAUUAUUGUUAUGUAUGUGUCACACAUAUAAUAUUAUUAUCUAGUCAAUAAGUGAAUGUGACGUCCUAGAGAGCAUAGCGUACAAUUGGUAAAAUUCGUGAAUUCAUGAAAUUAUAAAUAUAUUGUGUUUUACAAAUACAUAACGUUCCAGCAUUACUAAUAGGAAAUAUAAGCAGCACUAUACAAAGUAAAACAUAUAAUACUAAAAAAACUAGAAAUUGAGAAAUAAGUUUUUAAUUUUAGAGCUAAAACAGUAAUUUAGUGUAGUUUUCUAUCUAAACUUGUCGAUGAACAGACUAUGCACCAGACAGUUAAUGCAAGUAUUUCAAUUGUAUAAUAUUUGCAACAAAAUAUUUACAGCUUAUUAACUUGUUAAUCAAUGUAUCAGUUACUAUUGAUUUUAAAUUGUUGGAGACUUUCUUUUCUUCCUAGAAACGAUAUAAUUAUUCAUUUUAUAUAUCUUAAUCUAUGUUAGUUUUGUUUGCCAUCCGAUGAUAACUAACAUACAUUAUUUGUUAAUAACGUUGACUAGUAAAUAUGUUUUUAUAUUGUACUUAAAUUGGAAAGUGACAUUUAAAACCGGAUGGUCAUGAAAAAGUAUUAUAUUAUAACAAUAUUCCAUAAUAACAAGUCUUUUUUGUUUCUCUUCUCUUUCUGGUGAGAAGAAGAUAAUUUUAAGAGCAUAAAACUAAACAUAAAUAUAAAUGUUAAUGUGAACUAGAGGAAUAGGAAACCUCGUCAAUUAUCUGCAAUCAUAUCACCUAAGGCUUACGUAAAUAAUGUUAAUUGAUGUAAUACAAAGCAAAAAAAUAAACUGGUUUGCAAUAAACUGGUUUUAAAAUACGCUGUGAAUAGUGUACUAAUGUACAUAUUGAGUGAAGGGAUUUUAUAUGUUUUGUCAUUAAAUUAAUUAUUUGUUAUUACAAA